AUGACCGCGUCUCAAGAUAUCCCGCCCAUUGUGGUGCCCUUCGUGUCGGACCGUGCAAAGCAAUUGCUAGACAAGGUCGAAAAGUUCGUCGAUGAAGAAGCCAUCCCCGCAGACCCGGUGUACAGCGCACAGAUCGGAACCGGGGAGGAACGAUGGCGUGGCCACCCGAGCAUCAUGGACGACCUGAAGAAAAAGGCUCGCGCGGCGGGAAUCUGGAACAUGUUCCUGCCCAAGAACCACUUCAAGGAAGGGCCACAGUUCACCAACGUUGAGUAUGGUCUUAUGGCUGAGCAGUUGGGAAAGAGUAUCACUGCAAGCGAGGCCUGCAACUGUGCUGCACCAGACACGGGUAAUAUGGAAGUGAUUGCUCGCUACGGCUCACCCGCCCAAAAGGAAAAAUGGCUCAAGCCACUCAUGGCCGGCGAAAUUCGCUCUGGCUUCCUUAUGACAGAGCCUGACAUCGCCUCCAGCGACGGCUCCAACAUCAAGCUCCGCAUCGAACGGAAAGGCGACCACUACCUGCUCAACGGUUCGAAAUGGUGGUCCUCAGGUGCCGGCGACGACCGCUGCAAGAUCUUUAUUGUCAUGGGCAAGACUAACCCAAACCAUCCAAACAAAUUCGAACAGCAAUCUAUGUUGCUCGUUCCUGCCGACACGCCAGGUAUCAUCGUUCACCGCAUGCUCAGUGUCUAUGGCUACGAUGACGCUCCACACGGUCACGGUCACAUCACGUUCCGGGACGUCAAGGUCCCGUUGGACUCGAUCCUUCUUGGCGAAGGCCGCGGCAAUGAGAUUAUGCAAGGUCGUUUGGGACCCGGGCGUAUUCACCACGCUAUGCGUGCUAUCGGGGCCGCCGAGCGUGCUCUGGAAUGGAUGCUUAGAAGACUGAACGACGAACGGAAGGUCCCGUUCGGUAAGCCACUACGUGAGCACGGUGUCUUGCUCGAGUGGGUGGCUAAAUCCCGAAUCGAGAUCGACGCAAGUCGCAUGAUUGUGCUUAACGCGGCGAUUAAAAUCGACCAGAAGGAUGCGAAGUUUGCUCUGAAGGAGAUCGCCGAGGCCAAGAUCAAGGUACCGCAAGUGGCAUUGGAAGUCAUCGACCGCGCCAUUCAAGUACACGGAGCAAUGGGUGUUUGCCAGGACACCCCACUCGCCAGUAUGUGGGCCCAUCUCCGGACCUUGCGCAUUGCCGACGGACCCGACGAGGCCCAUCUCCAACAGCUCGGCAAGCGUGAGAACAAGCAACGUUCCGCAGAGGUAAUUGCAAGAAUUGCCCGCCAGGAGAACAAGACUGAACAGCUGUUCAGACAGCUGGGCAUCGAGAGGAAGGAGCUCGGUGCGGAGAAGUUCAAGGCCAAGCUAUAG